AUAUAUACUCUUAACCGAGUUCCAACCAAGGCGGUUGAAGGAACACCAUACCAGCUAUGGACGGGCAAAUGCCCGGUUCUGUCACACUUAAAGAUUUAGGGAUGUGAGGCUUAUGUCAAACGUCUUAUGACGAAUGGCAAGCUUGACGCCAAGUCUAAUAAGUGUUUCUUCGUGGGAUACCCAAAGGAAACUCGAGGGUAUUCAUUCUAUCACCAUAUCGAUAAGAAGGUAUUCGUUGCUCGCAAUGGUGUCUUCCUCGAGAAGGAAUUUCUCUCCAUCGCAACUAGCGGGAGAAAGAUAGAGCUCGAAGAAAUUCGAGACGACGAAGAAACUACCGCGCCGGUUCUGGAACAUGAGCUAGAGGAACAAACUGUUGUACCUCAAAAUGCUCAAGAUACACAAGAACCCCGUAGGUCUAACCGGUUACGCACACAACCUGAAAGGUAUGGAUUCCUCCUAACCUUUGAGGGUGACGUAAUGCUUAUCGACCAGGAUGAGCCGGAGACCUACCUCGAGGCAAUCAGUUGUCCCGAGGCUGAGGAAUGGCGUCAAGCCAUGCAGUCCGAAAUGGAUUCCAUGUACACCAACCAAGUAUGGACUUUGGUUGAUGCACCCGAAGGGAUCAAACCCAUUGGGUGCAAAUGGGUCUUCAAAAAGAAGACUGACAUGGAUGGACUUGGGAAAGUGCAUGGCCAUGCCCAGAUAUGUCGCUAUCUAGAGACUGAUAAAUAUCUGAUCCCUGCCAGUCUACUUGAGAUUCAGUAACAACUGAUUUAACUAUACAAGGAUACACAUCCCAUGCCUUGUGUUAAAUCAUGACAUUUAGGACAGAAGGAUAAUAGUUAUAGAACGUCUUGUGUCGUAGAAGGUAUUGAUGAGAUGAACGUCUUUUUCAUAAUCUGGGGAUAAUAAUGUGUUGCUAGAUACCGCUUAUUAUCUAUGGUA